AUGGAAAACACAACUUUAAUUAGCGCUAAUUCUUCAAUUAUCACAAAUAUGAGCAGUAACGAACAUUCGGGCAACACAUCGACUUCCUGGCAAAAGAUUUUAUUGGGAACAAUUUUAUAUAUUGUAGUAUUUAUUACAAUUGCUGGAAAUGCUUUAGUGCUUAUUGCUGUUUACAAAGUGAAAAAAUUACAAACAGUGUUUAAUUUCUACAUAGUUAACUUAGCCGUAACAGAUAUCGGCGUUGCAUCAACUGCUAUGAGUUUCUAUACGAUUGACAAUAUUUUAGGAUAUUGGCCAUUUGGUGAGUUUAUGUGUGGAUUGUGGAUAUUUUGUGACUAUGGUAUGACCUUUGCUUCGGUUUUUACUUUGUUGGUCAUCUCUGUUGACCGUUUUUGGUCAGUUUCCUGGAGUGUUCAUUAUCGCGCUAACCACAACAAACGAAAAUCUGUAAUAGCCAUAAUUUCCGUUUGGGCUGUCAUGGUGGCUUUAUGGUUACCAGCUUGUAUAGUGGAUCGAGUUAAAAAUGCUGCAGAUAAGGUGUGCAUUUGGGAACCAUCAUUAAAUCCAGAAUAUGUUUUUGUUAUAGCCCUGAUUGGUCAUCAUGGCGCAUGUUUUGUUUUAUUGUUCUGCUAUCUGCAAGUGUUCUUCUUCAUGAGGAAAAGGGCCAAAAUUGGGCCCAUUGGCAAACGUGAAAGGAAAGUGUUUGUGACUCUGUCUUAUAUUUUGUUUGGUUACGUCAUUUGUUGGGUUCCUUUUCAUAUUGUUUUUGAUGUUAGCGCCAUCAAACCAGAUGCUGUUCCGCAAGUUGUUUUUACUAUAACUUUCUGGAUGACAUAUUUAAACUCGGCCAUUAAUCCAUUUCUAUACAAUUUCAGCAGCCCCGAAUUCAAAAGUGCAUUUAGAAAAAUUAUGUUCAGGAAAUAA